CGGGGGCGGGGCGGAGCGAGGAGGUGGGUGCGUGACGUUGCCGGAGGGGUCCAGGGCCGCUUAGCGCCUGUUAUUGUUCUCGCCUCCCGCUCCUCCCGCUGUCGUGUCUGCCUUCCCCGGCCCCCCAGGCAGCGGCAGGAGGGCAGCAGCGACCCAGCCGCCGGCGGAGCGCCAGCCCUGACAGCGGGGCCGGGGGGAGAGCUUCCCGAAGGAGCGAGCGAGAGCCGGGGAGCCGGACGGCCAUGGCCUACGCGUAUCUGUUCAAGUAUAUCAUCAUCGGGGACACAGGUGUUGGGAAAUCAUGUCUAUUGUUACAGUUUACAGACAAGCGGUUUCAACCAGUCCACGAUCUCACUAUUGGUGUAGAAUUUGGGGCUCGAAUGAUAACUAUUGAUGGAAAACAGAUAAAGCUUCAGAUAUGGGACACGGCAGGGCAGGAGUCCUUCCGCUCCAUUACAAGGUCAUACUACAGAGGGGCAGCAGGGGCUUUACUAGUGUAUGACAUCACAAGGAGGGACACUUUCAACCACUUGACAACUUGGUUAGAAGAUGCUCGUCAGCAUUCCAAUUCCAACAUGGUUAUAAUGCUUAUUGGAAAUAAAAGUGAUUUAGAAUCCAGACGAGAAGUCAAGAAAGAAGAAGGUGAAGCAUUUGCACGAGAGCACGGACUUAUCUUCAUGGAGACAUCUGCCAAAACUGCUUCUAACGUAGAGGAGGCAUUUAUUAACACUGCAAAGGAGAUCUACGAGAAAAUCCAGGAAGGUGUUUUUGACAUUAAUAAUGAGGCAAAUGGCAUAAAAAUUGGCCCUCAGCAUGCUGCUACCAAUGCAACGCUUGCAGGCAAUCAGGGAGGACAACAAGCUGGAGGAGGCUGCUGUUGAGCCCAUUUUUACUUUCUAGCUGCCUGGAUGGGGCCUACUAACUUGUUUGUUCACCCUUCCCUCCCCCACCCCGCUCGCCUCCAGUUCAACUGAGACAUGAAACUUGUAAGUUGGUUUCCUGUUGCAGAAGACUUUAUCCUUCAAAUUCUUGUAUAACUUUGAAUAAAUGGUUAAUGUUCACUUAAAGACAGAUUUUGGAGAUUGUAUUCAUAUCUAUUUACAUUUGAUUUCUAGGUCAAUUGAUGUGAUUAUUUUUGUUAAAUGUUGUCUUGUGCCCUUGACUACGAACUGAAUUGUAUUAAACACUACAAAGUCAUCUGAGUAUUUUAAUCAGUUUGUGUAGUUAGGUUUCCCACCUCCUGCGGUUACCUAAUGUUUAAUAUUGUAGAGCUGUCCUCAAGUUUUUUGUCAAUUUUCAAGGCUAUAAGGAGAAGUGGAAGGACUCUUUUAAUUCUGUAUUUAUCACUUUCUGUAUAUAUAGUUUAAUAACCUGCUUGGGUGUACUUGCCAAGCUAGAAUUCUUUAAUGCAUUUGCAUAAAUUCUAUACUACUUAGAGCUUGAAAACUACAGAAGCAUCAAUAGAAAUUGCUUGGACGCUAAAUUUUAAGCCUUUUUGACAUUGUUAGCAUGUUCAUCCUCCCCCUUCAUUAUCCUGAAGUCCAAGAGAAAUGCUUAAUGUAUAUUACUAGAGGCUACAUACGUGCUAUCUAUUUUAAUGCCAAAUGUUUGCUGUUUGUCCACAAUUUCCACAGCACCUCUUCAGAAAUGGAUUAGCUGUUUGCCUUAACAAAUACUAUAGGUAAAACCAGAGUAUGAAUGAAAAGUGGAGGAACAGUUGAUAAAUCUAAACCGGCACAUUAUAAAAAAAAAAAAGGUUAAUCUUUUCUUAAUGUUUUUUUCUUGUUACCACUUAAUUUCUAGGUAUAUUUUUCAUGAAGGACAGUUUUUUCAACCUAAAUGUACAGUGGUUGUGUAAAGUUUUCUUUUAGUGGCAACUUGUAAUCCUAAGUAUAUGGUAAGCAUCUUGUCUAUUGUGAAGAGGGUGUGAAAAUAAAAUCUGCCAGUUUGGAAAUCUUGAUGAAAAUCAAACUUAGAAAUGCUUUGGUACUUAUUAUGGUGGUGGUUGGGGGCAGGGGUAUGUUUUGCCUCACAUGAAAGCAUUGCAACAGUGCAAAACAAAAUCCUGUAUUCAAGUGUUUAUUUGUUAAAGUACAGAAUAUUCAUGUCACUUUCCCUACAAAGGAGGAAAUGACUGAGUUUGCAUCUUGUCUUACCUAAAUAAAUCACAGCUAAAAGGGUGACACUAAUGGUAGGCCAUGGUUUAUGUAUCAGGUGGGGAAAAAGGGGACAGGACAGGCAAGAAAUGACUGCAAAACUUUUGUUAUACUGGACCAAUACUGACUGCAACCCGACCCUGGGGGACAUGGAUCCUCAUGUCAUCCAUUCUUUGUCAGAACUUUAAUGCCGAAAGUGAAUACACUUCAGCCUAACAGGUGUUAACAUAGCAGUGGUUCUGAGAUUAAAUCAGGUCUAAAAAUCA